AUGAUCCCCCAAACUGCCUCCCGCAGCAGCCUCGACCCCGAAGUGCAAGCCUUCCUCACGCAAAACCCGAACCUGCGACUCUCCGGCCGCGACAUCUUCCAAGAACGACGCCACCACGUCCAAACCUUCAGCCUACGCAACAUCCCCGAAGCAAAACAGCCCUCAAUCCUGCACGUUGAGCACACAGCCAUCCCCGCCGGGCCACACGGCACCAUCCCACUGCGCAUCCUGUACCCGUCGCGCCCGGCCUCGACCCCGCACCGCCAACCCGAAACCGCCAGCCCAACCCCGCACAACCUGACCCCAGCCCUAAUCUACUUCCACGGGGGCGGCUACACCGUCGGCAGCGCCGAUGACUUCGAACCAGGCUGCCGCCUGCUCGCCGAAUCCGCCGGGAUCCAGAUCUACCUGGUCGAGUACCGCCUCGCACCGGAGUGGCCCUACCCGACGCAGCUGGACGAGUACGACGCGGUGAUCGACUGGCUGCGGGGAGAGGGCGGACAGGCGCGGCACGUCGACCCGGACCGGAUCUUCGGGGGCGGGGACAGCGCCGGCGGGAACAUGACGGCCGCUGUGUCGCUGCGGCGGAUAGACCGACACCAAAAGGGGUUGGAUGGGCUGGUGCUGCUGUAUCCCGAGGCGCGGCUGCCGUUCGAUACGCCGGCGGCGGUGGAGAAUAAUGAUGGGGCGGGGUUGUAUCUGGAUUGUAACGGGAUCUUCAACUUCGCGGCCAACUAUAUCCCCGAUGGGGUGGCGCCGUCCAGUCGGUAUAUCUCCCCGGGCAUGCAGCCCCAAACCCAGCUGCAGGGGCUGCCGCCGGCCAAGGUGUAUACGUGUGGGUUCGAUCCGCUGCGGGAUGUCGGGGUGGAGUUCGCGUCCAAGCUGCAGGCCGCGGGGAAUGCGGUCGUGUGGCGGCACUAUGAGGAGCUGUGUCAUGGGUUUUUGCAGAUGGCGCCGUGGAGCGAGGCGGCCAUGCGGGCGCUGAGGGAGGUGGCGCGCGAUGUGCGGGCGUUGGCGGAGGGGAAGGGUAGUGGGGGUGAGAAUGGGAAGAAUUAA